AGAGAAUUUCUUAUUGACAUUUUUGAACACGUGAGACGUGAAUUAAAUUUUUUUAUCCUAAACAAUUAUAAUUUAUAAAAUAUUAUCGAUACAUUCAUUUUUGUAUGAAUUAUUGUCAAGAUGAGAGUAAAAACGUUGACACGAAAUCCUGAUGAUUAUUUAAGAGAAACAAAACGAGAUUUACAUAAACAACCCAGAAAUUAUGACCCAGCAUUGCAUCCCUAUGAAGCUGCUCGAGAAUACACACGUGCAUUGAAUGCCACAAAAUUAGACCGAGUAUUUGCAAAACCUUUUGUAGGGAAUUUAGAAGGACAUAAAGAUGGUAUAUCAAGUGUAUGUAAACAUCCAAAAUAUUUAUCAGUAUUUUUAAGCGGAGCAUGUGAUGGCGAAGUAAAAAUAUGGAACUUACCAACACGAUCAUGUCAAAGAACAGUUCUAGCUCACGAUGGUAUUGUCAGAGGAAUUACAUUCACUAAUGAUAAACAACAUUUCAUAACUGUUGGUGAUGAUAAAACUAUUAAAACAUGGAAGUACGAUAAAUCUGAAGACACGGAAACUGAUGUACCAGUGAACACAAUUUUUAGCAGAAAAAUUAUAACAGGAAUUACUCAUCAUCGUAAUAAACCACUGUAUGCAACUUGCGGAGACGUGUGUCAAUUAUGGGAAGAAACAAGAAAUGAACCAGUAAAAUCAUUUCAAUGGGGAGUUGAUGGAUUAUUAGACGUCAAAUUCAAUUUGGUUCAAACAAAUCUUCUUGCUGCCUGUUCGAGUGAUCGUAGUAUUAUUUUAUACGACACACGAGAUGUAGGACCCAUGAGAAAAGUUGUUAUGAAAUUAAAAACUAAUCAACUUGCUUGGAAUCCUAUGGAAGCUUUCACAUUUACUUGUGCCAAUGAAGACUACAACUUGUAUACAUUCGACACGCGUCAUUUAAAGUCACCAAUAAAUGUACAUAUGGACCAUACUAGUGCCGUUGAUACAGUUGAUUAUUCACCAACGGGUAGAGAAUUUGUGUCAGGUAGUCACGAUAAAUCAAUACGUAUAUACGAAGUUAAUAAAGGACAUGCACGAGAAAUUUAUCAUACAAAACGGAUGCAAAAAUUGAAAUGUGUCUCCUGGUCUCUUGACAAUAAAUAUAUUAUAAGUGGUAGUGAUGAAACUAAUAUUCGUGUAUGGAAAGCUCGAUCAUCGGAAAAAUUGGGAGUUCUGAAACCCAGAGAAAAAAUCGCUUUGAAUUAUAGUUCUGCAUUGAUGAAUAAAUUUGCUGCUCAUCCACAAAUACGCAGAAUAGCACGUCAUCGACAAAUACCUAAACAUAUUUAUAAUGCUCAAGCAGAGUUACGAACGAUUCGUGAAAAGGAGAAAAAAAAAGAAUCAAAUCGUCGUGCCCAUUCACGUCCUGGUGCUGUUCCAUUUUCAUCAGAGAGAGCAAAACAUGUCAUUCGAGAAGAGGCAUAAAUUUAUUUUUAAAAACUAUUCGUAUGUUUUUUUUUUAUAAAUUAAUUUUAAUAAAUAAUUUUAUAAUACAA